AUGAAAACAAAGACGAUAAAACUUGAAAUCAUCAACAUCACCGCGUGGUCUUGGCAAUCACCUUGGAUUUAUAUUCAUCAGAAUCUUACCUAUGCAAUUCUGACCCGAAUUGCAAUCACCACCAUUAACAGAAGUGGGAUAGAACCCUCAUGUUGUACCCCUCGCUUGAGGUAUCUUGCGAUAGUGUGUGGUUCCUGGGCGAAAACUAUUUUUAUUCCUGAUGAGAAAGAACGCGAGAAGGCUAUUGAAGAAUUAUACGAGGCUUUACAGUUUCUUGAGAAUGAGUUGAAGGAUAAGUUUUUUGGAGGAGACAAGAUUGGCUUUGUGGAUAUUGCUGCUCUUUUCAUCCCUUUAUUUCAAGAAGUGGCAGAGAAGCAGUUAUUUACAAGUGAUAAAUUUCCCAAGCUACACAAAUGGAGUCAAGAUUUUUACAACCAUCCAGUCGUCAAAGAAACUAUGCCUUCAAAAGAACAACAAUUUGCGUAUUUUAAAGCCCGCGCUGCAAGCCUUGCUGCUCCAUCAAAAUAGAGUGAGUGAGACUUUGUUUGAACUUGUAAUGAAAUUUGUUUAAGUACUUGUUUUUGUUGAGUUUUUGAGUGUUUUAAUUUCGUUUCAAAUGGAAUAUACUAUAUGAUUCCCCCAUUCCAUUUUGUAACACAAUAAUAUGGUUGAAAGAAUAAUUCCUGAAUUUUUAUGUCUUGAUA